AUGCGGAGGCUAGUGGGCAUCCCGCCUUGGCGGGGUGCAUCACAUGCGGAGGCUAGUGGGCAUCCCACCUUGGCGGGGUGCAUCACAUGCGGAGGCUGGUGGGCAUCCCACCUUGGCGGGGUGCAUCACAUGCGGAGGCUGGUGGGCAUCCCGCCUUGGCGGGGUGCAUCACAUGCGGAGGCUAGUGGGCAUCCCGCCUUGGCGGGGUGCAUCACAUGCGGAGGCUGGUGGGCAUCCCGCCUUGGCGGGGUGCAUCACAUGCGGAGGCUGGUGGGCAUCCCACCUUGGCGGGGUGCAUCACAUGCGGAGGCUGGUGGGCAUCCCGCCUUGGCGGGGUGCAUCACAUGCGGAGGCUAG